AGUCAAGAUGGAGACCAAGUUACUCCUGGCCGUUUGGCUGCUCCUGCACACGGCGUACUGUCUACCGAAGGACUGUGGGGACUGCGACUCUGACGCCUGUCCUGAGCUCGACUGCCCGUCCAACAUGACGGCCAAAGACGCUUGUUCCUGCUGCGACGUCUGUCUGAGGGAAGAGGACGAAGUGUGUGGAGGAAAGCACUGGUCGGAAGGCCGCUGUGUGGAAGGUUACUACUGCACUGCCGACCCCGACAAUGAUGAAGAUGAGCCCGGGCGGUGUAACUGCAUGUACCCGUACCGGGUGUGUGGGUCUGACGGGAAGGACUAUGUCACCUACUGCCAGCUCAGGUUCAGCUCCUGGCGAAACAAGAAGAUGGGCGGAGACAAGAUCCACCGGGUGCACAAGGGAUUCUGCAAGUUCGCCCCGAUCAUCUCCAUCCCUCCGACGGAUGUCCGGAACACCACGGGCAACACGGUGUUCAUGAGCUGUGAGGUCAAGUCCAACCCGUCCUCCCAGAUCGUCUGGAAGUUUAAGAAAGAUGAGGAGGAUGAAGGAGUGGACCUCCCGGCCGACUAUGACAACAUUUUCUGCAGUUUCCGCGGCGGACCGGACACCAACAAGGUGACAGGCUGGGUGCUGAUUGAAGGCCUACAGAAGACCAAUGCUGGCAUAUACCAGUGUUUCGCUGCCAACGAAUUUGGAAAUGACACCAGCACGGCCUAUUUGGAGGUGCUGGAAGAAGAACUGUGCAUAGACAUGAGGGUCUGGGGAGGCUUGUUGUUGGUACUGGUGACAGUGGUGGUGGUGGAGGGGAGGAAGGCUCUGGGGAAGUGUCCUCCAUGUAAGCUGGACCAGUGUCCCGACAUCAGGGGCAAGUGUUUGGGGGAUGUCCUCAAGGAUCCCUGCGACUGCUGUGAGGAGUGCGCCAAGACUGAAGGUGAAACAUGUGGAGGAAAGAGACACAAGCUGGGGACCUGUAUGGAGGGCUUGCACUGUGAGACCAAGAGAGGGAGGAAGAAGGGUGUGUGUGUCUGUAACGUGGAAGGAAAGGUCUGUGGUACCGAUGGCGUCACCUACAACAGCCUGUGUGAACUGGACCUCAACAAACUGGUGGGCUUCAGGGAAGGGUGGUCACUGGAGAAACGCCAUGAUGGGCCCUGUUACUCAGCUCCUGAGAUCGUGACCCCGCCCCAGCACCUGGUCAACGCCUCAGGCGCUCAGGUUUACCUCAUGUGCGAGGUGACAGGUAUCCCCUCUCCCAGGAUGCUUUGGCGCAAGCUGGAAAAGGGGCCUGAUGGGAUGGUCAAGGUAACAGAAAUCCCUGGGGACAAGCAAAACCUGGCCAUCCAAGUCCGAGGUGGGCCUGAGAAACACCAGGUCACCAGCUGGAUACUGAUCUACCCUGUGUAUGAAGAGGAUGCUGGAGAGUACGAGUGUUAUGCUGAGAACACUGAGGGCUGGGUGACAGCACGUGGCAGCCUGACUGUCACGCAUGGAGAAAUCAUUCAAGAUGCCGACUUUGAUGAUGAUGAUGAGUAUGAUGAUGAUGAAGACUUUGAAGAUGAAGAUAAUGAGGAGGAGGAGGAAGAAGAGGAGGAGGAAGAGGAUGAUGAUGAAGACGACCUCACACAGGAAGAACUAGAUCUUAUGGAGGAAAGAGAGGAUGAUGCAUAGGCUACAGAUAUGUAGAGUGUACACAUUUUAUUCAAAUUAGUCACCUGGGGGCUAUGAAAGCCAUGUAUUCAUUGAUCUUUUCCGUAACCUCUGUACACUAUGCUUCACUCCGAAAUAUAAGCAUUGAACUGUGAAAAUGUGAAACUACAACUGCUGUUUAUUCUGAUCCAACCAUUCAUUCUGUUACCUUCUGGCUUUGGUGACAAACAACAUGGCUUGACCUUUGUUGCUGUUUUGUAUGAUUAUUUUACUAUGGUUACCUAAAAGCUUUAGUAUGCCCUUCAUUUGCUGUAUAGGUUGUUAGCUUUUUUAAAUAACUAGUUUGUAUAUCUGUUUAUAGAGAGAUGUAGUUUAUGUGAUGUAUUUACCAUUUAUAGUAUGGCCAUUAUUAGUCAAUAUUCCAGAGAAUGAUAAAUGCAACAUACACCAAAAUGCUGCAUAUUACUAGUAUUCAGUAUUUUCCCAUUAUCAUAGUGUAACGUCUUACAGUUUUUCAUUAUAAAGUGUAUUUUAGCUAAAAUCAACCUGACAUCUACUGGUAUAUUUCAUCGAUGCAAGCAAAUGAUAGGUUUCUGUCCAGCAAUAUCAGUAAGCCUUGUUCUAUGUAGCAUGUUCUCAAUCCAACUGGGAUGUUACUAGUCGUCCAUCUGUACUUUUUCCACUGUAUAGUACCAGGAAUACUUGACAUAUUUUUCAGCAUUAUGUGGUAUGUAUAUGGAUUGUGCCACAUUAGAAGUUAGUUAUCACAUAGUGGUCAGUAAAUUGAUACCAUAGUAGUAUUUGUUUUUCACUGACACCAAGUAAUUUUUUGUUCAUUACUUGUGCCAAUAA